UUUUUAGGGUUUUCUUCUCGUUUUUCACUCCUUCAUCACAUCCAUCUUCCUGAUUUUCUUCUUAGAUUCAGUGUAAUCAGUAUAAUUACCGUAAGGAUCUGAAUCUAUUGACUGAUUUGUGAGGAUGUUGGAGAAGAUCGGGUUGCCUCCGAAGCCAUCGAUGCGUGGGGGAAAUUGGGUGGUGGAUGCAUCGCAUUGCCAGGGAUGCGCUUCUCAGUUUACCUUCAUCAAUCGGAAGCAUCAUUGUCGCAGAUGUGGAGGCUUGUUUUGCAAUAGUUGCACACAACAGAGAAUGGUGUUAAGAGGGCAAGGAGACUCACCUGUUCGAAUAUGUGCUCCUUGUAAAAAUUUAGAGGAAGCAGCACGUUUUGAGUUGCGACAUGGACAUAGAAAUCGAGCUUCAAAAGGUAGUUCAAAACAAACUUCAAAACAUGAAGAAGUCUUAAACGAGCUUCUCAGAACUGAAGGAGCACAGUCCCUUUUAUCUAGGCCUGAAUCACAUACUGAUGUGAUUUCUGAUCUUCUAAGAACAACAAGCAGUCCAUCUGCUUCAACACAUGCAGAGUCUGCUGCUUCAGUUAAUGGGGGUCUCAGUAUGAGGAGUAGCUCUGUUAAUGUGGAAAACCAUUCCCUUGAUGAUAUUGGAUCUAGUAGCGUGGAGGAGUUGCGCCAGCGAGCGGUAGAUGAGAAGAAAAAAUAUAAAAUUCUUAGGGGUGAAGGAAAAUCUGAGGAAGCACUCCAAGCCUUCAAGCGAGGUAAAGAGCUUGAGAGGCAGGCUGCAGCCCUGGAGAUUCAAUUGCGUAAGAACAGAAGGAUGGCUUCAAAGGCUUCAACUCUGAGCAGUGUAUCAGUUACUGACAAAUCCGAUGAGUCCGAAGAGCCUGGGAGCAAGAAAAAAAAGGUCAGUUCCCAAAUGGGUAAAGCUGUGAAGGAUGACCUUGCUGCAGAACUCAAAGAAUUGGGAUGGACUGAUGCAGACAUCCAUGACGCAGAUAAAAAGCCCGUAAAGCCUAGUUUGGAGGGUGAGCUAUCAAAGCUUCUCAGUGAACUCCCUCGAAAAGCCUCACAAGGUAAAGGAGCUGGCAGCAUAGACAGGACUCAGGUCACUGCUCAUAAGAGACAAGCUCUUAUCUUCAAAAGAGAAGGGAAGCUAGCUGAAGCUAAGGAAGAGCUAAAGAAGGCAAAAAUACUUGAGAAGCAAAUAGAAGAACAAGAACUGUUGGGUGGCGCUGAGGAUUCUGAUGAUGAGUUGUCUGUUCUAAUAAACAGCAUGGAUGAUGAUGACAAACAAGAUGACUUGCUAUUGGAUGUUGGACAUGACCCGAGUGUUGAUUUUCACCAACUUUUGGGCGUUGGGGAUGAUCUUGCUGGUGAUAACAAUUUUGAGGUGACAGAUGAUGAUAUGAAUGAUCCGGAGUUGGCUGCUGCACUACAAUCAUUUGGUUGGACAGAGGAGGAUGAUCGAGCACAUGGUAAUGUUCUGCAAUCUGCUCCUUUGGAUCAGGAAGCCUUGAUGAACAAAAUUCUGGCUUUGAAAAGGGAAGCUCUUAGCCAUAAACGAGCGGGUAAUGUUCCAGAAGCCAUGAAUCUCCUCAAGAAAGCAAAACAGCUUGAAAAGGACUUGGAGGAUAUGCAACCUGAUAUACAAAGUUUUCCCUCAGAAUCAACACAGAAGAGUGCAACGUAUCAGGUGUCUGGAGAAACAUCUAUUGCCGCAUCUGAGAACUUGAAUGCUAAGCUGCCACCAAAAAAUAGGCUAGCGAUUCAGAGAGAACUUUUGGCUAUAAAAAAGAAUGCACUUGCUUUAAGAAGGGAAGGGCGGAUAGAGGAGGCUGAGGAAGAAUUGAAGAAGGGGAAGGCUCUUGAAAAUCAAUUGGAAGAGAUAGAGACUGCAUCGAAAAAACCUGAUGUUAAAGCAUCCAAAAAGAAUGUUGAAUCAAACCGAAGACUUGAGGAUGGUCCUGGAACUUUGGAUCUUGAAGAGGCUGGAGUAGAUGCAGAGGUUACAGAACAAGACAUGCAUGAUCCAGCCUUAUUGUCAGUUUUAAAGAAUUUAGGGUGGGAGGAUGAGGAUGCUGAGGCUACAAGCAGACCAAUCAAAACAUCAAAACAGAUUAAAGAUGUCUCUGAUAGACCCUCUGUUGUACCUGUGAAGACAUUCAAAAACAAAGCUGAAAUUCAAAGGGAAUUAUUAGCAUUAAAAAGGAAGGCUCUUGCCUUAAGACGUCAAGGUAAGACUGAGGAGGCUGAUGAGGAACUUGAGAAGGCAAAGGUCUUGGAAAAACAAAUGGAAGAAAUGGAGACAUCUCAUAUUGCUGGCUCUACGCAGGUAGAAUCCAUGGUAUUGGUCUUUCAGAGAAAUAUUCAAGAAAAAUCUGAUAAGCGAGCAAAUGCUGUGGAUGUAAAUGAAGCUGACAAUGGCCAUAAAGAUCAAAAUGAAACCACAGUAUCUGACAAGCACUCACUCAAUGAAUCAGGUCCAAAAUUUGAAAGCUGGUUGGAAGAUUGGGUAUCGAACUCGAACAAAUCAGUGCAAUCUGUUGAUGCUCUGGGUCCUGUCCUAGACAGCCAGAGUAUGGUUGUACAAUCAGGUACUCAAAAGGUACAACACAAAGAAAGUUUGGAAUCCAGUAAUCUAUCUCAAGCAACUACUUCCGUUAAGGUGGGAGAUCAGAUAACUGCUGGUAUGCAAGAAACUAAGGUCUCUGUUUCCGUUUCAUCUGUAAACACAGAACAGAACUUGGAACAAGGAAUUGAUAUUCGCAAGGAUGAAAUUCUUGCACAUAAAAGAAAGGCACUUGCUCUGAAAAGAGAAGGGAAGUUAGCAGAAGCAAGGGAGGAGCUAAGGCAAGCAAAGCUAUUGGAGAAGAGCCUGGAGGAAGUUCAGCAGCCUCAAGUGGAUUCUAAAACCACACCUACACAAAGCUUUGAUGAUGCUCCCGUUGUCCAAGAGAUCAAGCCGAAGCAAGCUCAGAAGCCAUUGUCAGGCCGCGAACGUCUAAAACUUCAGCAGGAGUCUCUUGCUCACAAGCGCAAUGCACUGAAGCUCCGAAGAGAAGGAAAGAUUGAGGAAUCAGAAGCUGAAUUGGAAUUGGCCAAGGCGUUAGAGAGCCAGUUAGAAGAAGGUGGAGCCGAGGGCUCAAGUUCUAGCAUGUCUGCUAGCAAAGCAGCACCCGAUGAUGCAGUUGUGGAAGAUCUGCUUGAUCCUCAGCUUAUGUCGGUCCUCAAAUCAAUCGGAUGGAAUGACAGCGAUAUGUUUUCACAACCUUCAAAGAAGCCAGAACCAAAGACUGUCACGUCGAAAAGUGAGAAAUCGGUAACAGAGAAAUCUCAUCUUGAAGAACAGAUCAAGAAUGAGAAGCUCCGAGCUCUUAAUCUCAAACGAGCUGGAAAUCAAGCUGAAGCAUUAGAAGCUCUCCGUGCAGCCAAGCUGCUUGAAAAGAAACUUGCAUCAUUGAGUUCAUAGAUGUAAGCUUUUUCUACAUUUACUGCAAUAAUGAUGUACAUUAUUUACGUGUGAUUGCAACCCAAUUACAACAUAAAAUGCGGCCAUUUUCCAUUGUUUGCUUGCAUGAUGUGCUACAUAUAUUUGUAAAGGGAGACACUUUGUUGAUCUAUUACUGAUCGAUCGGACACCAUUUAAUCUACUGAGACAGUUUUUCCAA